GGUUCGACAACAACGAUCAAAAUGAAAUAUUUCUGCUGUGGUCUGGUGCUGGGCCUAUUUGUGGCUGCAAGUAUGGCAACUCCAUAUGGAGGACACGCUACGAGCUACAGUGUGCUGACCAAGCACGAGGAGCCGGUGCAUAAGGGUCACGGAUACGGCUACGAUCACGACGUGAUCAGUGCGUAUGGAGGUGUCUACGGGCAUGGAUAUCCCAGCCCUGGCUAUUCCGGCUACGAAAAACACGAACCGCAUCACUAUCCCAAAUAUCACUUUGACUACGGGGUCAAGGAUGCCCAUACUGGCGACCAGAAGAGCCAGUGGGAGUCGCGCGAUGGCGACAAGGUCAAGGGCAGCUACUCCUUGAAGGAGGCCGAUGGCACCACCCGCGUGGUGGAGUACACAGCCGACGAUCACAACGGCUUCAAUGCAGUUGUCAAGAAGCUGGGCCACGCCCAUCAUCCUCAGGUCUACCAGAAGGGCUCCGGACACGGUGGCAUCUAUGGAGCGGACUACGGCUACGGCCAUGAUGUGGCACAAUACGGUGGCUAUGGACACGGCGGACACGGUCAUGCCAGCAGCUAUGUGAGCGUGAAGCAACUGCACUGAUCGACGAACCGGGACGGGACCUCUGAUGUGAAUGGAACGUAUUUAUCUGACCCAGAACAAGAUGUUUAAACACAUGUAGUAUUUUUAUUGAAAUAUAUAAGCAAAUAAUAUUUAAU